AUGCAAUGUGGCAGCAGUGCGGCUUCUCUUCCAAGGUCACUAUCUGAGCACCGCAGCCCAGCGGACGUGCUUUUUCUCGGGCAGUCGGAGGGAAGGAGAGGCGCGGAUGGGAUGCCGCUGUGUCUCGCUCGCCUCCAGCAUCAACGACAUGUUUCACCAAAGGAGGACAUUGACAGUCACUGACGGGGGACACUUGUGAAACAACAACAACGUCGUAAAACAGUUUUUAUUUUUAUUUUUUUUAUUUUAAGCAGCAUUGUUGUGUGUGUGUGUUUUUUAUGAAGAGACAUUUUUGGCGUUUCCUGCUUUCUCUCCACGGCCUGUGUCGGCCGGUGGGACUGUUCACCUGACGACGACGACGGCGCUGACGUCACCUGACAGAAUGGACGUUGGGUUCUGUUCAAACUAGCCGAACCGACCGUUAAGUGUCAGUUGGGAUGUUCAACGUCUGAAGAGUCGGUCAACUAACCAACCAACCAACCAACCAAUACAAAGUUGCAUUCAACUUCCUUGAACUUUAUUGACCCGACUUUCACACACACUCUCUCUCGUUGCUGUUUCAAAUUACAUCGCAAUAAAACAUUUAUUUUUAUUUUUUUUAUUUUUUGUUCCACAACCAUGCCUUCCAGGACCGGUUCACGCAGCCCGGCCGGUAUCGGUACGCGUUUACCGGAGCGGGGGCUGCUGCUGGUGGCGGUGCUGGUGUUACUCCCUCUCGGAGCAGCGAGCUCUCCCAAUGUGAACCGCCAGGAAAACUCUCCCGACCACACAGUGCCGCAGGAGAAACACAACUACACUAAAAAGGCUUUCCCUGUGCUCAGCCUCGACUACCACCACAUACACAUGCCCUUUGAAAUCUCAUUAUGGGUGCUGCUGGCCUCCUUAAUGAAAUUAGGGUUCCACCUGAUUCCUCGCCUGUCCGGUAUUGUGCCAGAGAGCUGCCUCUUGAUCACGGUUGGUCUUCUUGUUGGGGGGCUCAUCAAACUAGCUGGCGAAGAGCUCCCCCCAGUGCUGGACUCCAAAUUGUUCUUCCUCUGCCUGCUGCCGCCCAUCAUCCUGGAUGCCGGCUACUUCCUGCCCAUCCGUCCCUUCAUGGAGAACCUGGGCACGAUCCUGAUGUUUGCCGUCGUGGGGACCUUGUGGAACGCCUUCUUCAUCGGAGGUCUGCUGUACGCCGUGUGCCAGAUCCAGCCGGCCAAUCCGUCCAACCUCCACAACAUAGAGCUCCUGCCCUGCCUGCUGUUCGGCUCCAUCAUCUCGGCUGUGGAUCCCGUCGCCGUGCUCGCCGUGUUUGAGGAGAUCCACAUCAACGAACUGUUGCACAUCCUGGUGUUUGGCGAAUCACUGCUCAACGACGCUGUCACUGUGGUGUUGUACCACCUGUUUGAGGAGUAUUCGGGUGCCGGCACGGUGACGGUAUUGGACUGUGUUCUGGGAGUCAUCUCCUUCCUGGUGGUUGCGGUGGGUGGCGUUCUAGUGGGAGUUAUCUACGGGUUCCUGGCCGCCUUCACCUCCCGCUUCACCUCCCACACACGUGUCAUAGAGCCACUCUUUGUCUUCGUGUACAGCUACAUGGCCUACCUGUCAGCUGAGAUGUUCCACCUCUCCGGCAUCAUGGCGUUAAUAGCUUGUGGGGCGACCAUGCGUCCCUAUGUGGAGGCCAACAUAUCGCACAAGUCCCACACCACCAUCAAGUACUUCCUGAAAAUGUGGAGCAGCGUCAGCGAGACACUGAUCUUCAUCUUUCUGGGCGUGGCCACGGUGGACGGACCUCACUCCUGGAACUGGACCUUCGUCACCGUCACUGUCAUCCUGUGUCUGGUGGCACGGGUCAUGGGUGUGAUCGGUCUGACCUUCGUGAUCAACAAGUUCCGCAUCGUCAAGCUGACGACCAAGGACCAGUUCAUUGUGGCCUACGGUGGCCUGCGAGGUGCCAUCGCCUUUUCUCUCGGCUUCCUGCUUGACAAAGACCUGUUUCCCAUGAGAGAGAUGUUCCUCACCGCCAUCAUCACCGUGAUCUUCUUCACGGUCUUUGUUCAGGGCAUGACCAUCAAGCCCCUUGUGGAGCUUCUGGCGGUGAAGAAGAAACAGGAGGCCAAGCGGACGAUCAAUGAGGAAAUCCACACCCAGUUCCUUGACCACCUGCUGACUGGAAUCGAGGACAUUUGUGGACACUAUGGACACCAUCACUGGAAGGACAAACUGAACCGCUUCAACAAGAAGUAUGUGAAGAAGUGCCUGAUUGCAGGCGAGCGCUCCAGGGAGCCACAGCUCAUCGCCUUCUACCACAAGAUGGAGAUGAAACAGGCCAUUGAGCUGGUAGAGAGCGGAGGCGGAGUCAAGCUGCCAGCUGCUCUGCCUUCCACAGUUUCCAUGCAGAACAUUCAGCCCAAGAAGCCUCUUGCUGCCAAGCCCGCAGAGAGAGUUCUGCCCCAGCUGCCUAAAGGCCGAGAGGAGGAGAUCAGGAAGAUCCUCAGGAGUAACCUGCAGAGGACACGGAUGAGGCUGCGCUCCUACAACAGACACACUCUGGUGGCCGAUCCGUACGAGGAUGGCUUCGGUGAAUUCCUAAUCAAGAAGCAAAAGAUGAUUGAGCUGGAGAAGCAGAUAAAGAACAUGAAUAACUACCUGACGGUGCCUGCUGCCCCGCCCGACUCCCCGACCAUGUGCAGAGCCAGACUGUCCUCAGACCCACAAGCCUACAGCAUGAAGCAGUCGUCGGACAGCGUGCCCACCAUCCAGGUCGACCUGGCCUCUCCUCAGUCUCCAGACUCCGUCAACCUGAUGGAUGAGUUCAGAGGGAAAGGCAAGCAGAGCAGCAGCCAGCAGAAGAACCAGGAGGAGGACCAGGGCCUGAUGAUGAAGCCCCCCUCAGAGCAGAGAGGACCAAACAAGACGGGCGAGGCUGAGGGAGGCAGGGACCAGCAGAAGCUGACGAGGUGCCUGAGCGACCCGGGCCCCAGCGCCGACGAGGACGAGGACGAACCCUUCCUGCCUUGAUGCAGCAGCCUGGAUCUGAAUGGAGGUGAUCAGGCUUCACUCUUCUGCUCCAAAUCAUCUCUUUGGUUCAGACACCAAACAAAGCCAAAACUGCUAUUGCUGUAAGAAACCAGAAAGAAACAAAAAAGAAGCAAAAAAAGGAGAUUGUCUGAGCAGAAAUCAAAGAGGCAUCAGUUUGUUAUAAUCAUUGCUCUUUAUUUUUUUAAGACGGGAAUCGGAACAGCUGCUCUCUGAGAGAUGGUGGAGUUUAUGCUUGAUAGUCAUUCAGACAUUCAGGAAAGAACUAUGCAUUAACCAAAGGUCUGGACUGUUUUAGUGUCAGACAAUAUCAUUCUUACUUUCCUUUUUUAACGACUGCAUAGUUGCUGUCUUUAGAGCUUCUUUCUGUGAGACACGCUGGGCCUCUCGUCCCACGUUCAAUCAACAAAGCAAUCUAGUUUUCUUUUUCAAACAUUGCACUUCAGUUUAAGGUGCUUGUUUUAAUCCAAUAUCUCAAUGACACCGUUCUCUCAUUCUGUCACUUGAAAUUGCUAAAUAUUCAAACAUUUGGAUUGUUAAAAUAUUUGGCCUUAUUUAAUGUCAAACUCUUUCACUUGGUGCUUUGUCCUUUUUUUUUUAAAAAAGUUAUUUUUAAUUUCAGGGGUACUAACGUGUUUGAGUUUGAUCCAGUGUUUCGUAGGCGUGCUUACAGACCUUUCGGCCUUUUCCUCUGGCUUCCUGGACUUGGGGAAUUUCCACACUGCUGUAUAUAAAGCUGUUUGGACCUACAAGCGUGGAGCAGAGCGAGUGUGUUUGGGAAGCUCUUGAGCCAGGCGGUGAUGUAGCACAGAUGUUUUGAUGUCGGCGAUCAUGCUUGAUUCCUCAUCUUCUGAAGUUUAAUCACAUGUCGUUUCCGUGUAGAUGUUUUAUGUUUUACCUCAAUUUUAGAACACCCUUUAAAACUAAACUCAAGUAGCGGUCGAGUCGUUAGCAGUAGUUGUCUCUCUCUCUCUCUCUCUUUCUCGAUGUUAUGAAUAAGUGCCCAUCUAAAAGUCACCUUCACACCAUCUUUGUAACUUUCAGAGCACAUGAGCUGAUUUUCUAAUAUCAGAACAAAGCUGCUCACUCUGUUUAACAUGUUCAUUUGUAUUCUUCAGUGUUGCUCCUGGCCUCGUCUAGAAGCAUUUGUGCUCAACAUCACUGUUCAGCUUAUUGCACGGCGAGGGAAGGCUAGUUUGUGAAAUCCAUCCACACGUCUGAAAAGAUUCAUGGCCGUGGUCACAGUUGUCUUUUCAAUGCGACUAUUGUCAUCUGUCUGUACGCUCCGAGAUCUGAUCCACAUGCCGAGGUGGCUUAGCUCGCAUUGAGUUUGGAUCCCAUGAGGUGUGGACAGCAUGUGGGCACAAUCGGGACAACUUAUCAAACGUAGAUCUUCAUCAUCUUCCUCCCAACAAAGGAAUGUCCUCUCCCAAGCGAGAGCAAAGGGAAGGGGGGAGGAAAAAUCAUGGCUGGAGCCCAGAUGAGAUCCUGUUAAGUUACCGCUGAUGAGAACCAAACAUUUCCCCGCUUUUUUGCUGCUUCAAAACAAAAGCUUUUCAAUAACCAAAUAAGGUGUGGGCUUUUAUUAUGAAGAAUUUUUGAGAGUUUUUUUCAAACAUGCUUCUCGACCUGGUGCAUCCGAACACAGACGUCGCAUUGAACAGACAAGUGUACCCACGGCCAAAGACUGUAGGCAUCUCAUGGCAAAAAAAAAAAAAAAAAAGAAGUGAAUUCUAUGCAGUAUAGAUGUGUAAAAUAUGUAAAUUGAUUAUAAUAUCCUAUAUUUAUGAAAACCCUUUAUAACUCAAGUCGUGUAAUCUUGCAAACAUGCAACCCACUGAGGCAAACCACUGCGACUGUCAAAGCUAAAAUUAUAAACGGGCAUUAAAUACACAAAAUACAGUUUGUCUGACUUUAUCUGCAAGCACAAAAAAACGUAAUCACGUGGUCGUUACAGCCGCCAUUCUCUGUACUGUAUACGGAUGUGUAAAAAAAACAUUGCAAGCAACUAUUAGAUUGUAAACCCACAAGUAUUCUUUCACCGUAGUCCGUUAUAACUUGCAGGCCAUCCAAAGAAGAACGUACUCUGGGAAAACAACCCUUCAGCACUGAAGCACAGUCCUCCUCUGAAGCAGGCUGACUGAGUCACUGCUCCAGUUUGCUGGCUGUUUUCUCUCGGUGUCAGUGACCGUUGAGUCCUUCCUGAUCCUCUUCCAUCCAGAAGGCUCACAUUACAGCUAAUGGGGAACGAGCAGAACAACCUGUCAGGCUUGUUCGUUUUCCUUUUGCUCUUCUUCUCUUCAGCAUCUGUAAAUGGCUUGCUACGGUUGCUACAGCGAGGAUAAGAGGAUAUCUGUCCGUGCACAAAUGCGCUCAUGUAAAUCUGAGUGAGUAAAUGUGCAAAUGUGAGCGUUCUUUCACUGCUGGGCGAGCACGUUUUGUCCCUUUUUUUUUUUUUUUUUUUUUUUUUUUCCCUUUGCCCCUUGUGUCCCAUUUUCUAAAAAGGGAUAAUUGUAUCUGACAGAUGGGAGGGUCCACCCUCAAAGCAUCUCAUUUCCCCGUCUGGACCAAAUUCAAUUUACUGUCGGAAAAAUGUCAGCGCCUGACGGAGUAUCGAGCUGAAAAUGUCAACAGGGACAAGGUCGAAGAGAGAGAAGGGUUGUUUAAAAUCCAGAAGCGACGAGCCAAAUGACAUGCCGCAUUUUCUUUUCCACCCCCCCCCCCCCCACCCCAUCUUCAAAAUCCUCCUUUUAUUGCUGCUUAGAGGACAAAGAUAUUUACACACGCAGAAUCUAAUUCAUGCAUUUAUUUAUGCCCUGAGAAGUGCUCCUCUCUAGUGAGCUGCCUCUUAAUGCACCGCCGUUGGGAAUAUUUUCUAAAUCAUCCUCCCCGAUGCUCUUUGAUUCGGCUUCCAUUUAAAGGCAGUUUGUUUCUCCUUUAACCCCUUAACUGCUCUGCAGAGACGGAUAAGUAGGUUUCAGGAAGUAAUGAAUUUCUCUACACACUCCCAUACUUGUGAAUACUUGAAUCUGUGUGAAUGCAACAGAGAGAGAAUAUUCACGCUGUAUUUUUUUUUUCAUAUCAAAGUCGAUUAGUUAGCUUUGGGGGGGGGAUGUGAUCAAAUAUGAGAAACCAAAAAAAACUCCAAUAUAGAUUAAAACAAUCAUAAAAACAAGAGACAUCAAACCCAGUGAUUACUUCACAUUAUCCCAGACACUUUUAAAUCCCUGUAAGAAGAAAAGAAAAACACUAUUUUCAUACUUUUCCUUUUUUUUUUUUUUUUUUUCAAACCGAAUGCAUAUUUUUUGGGCAAACAUUCUCACACCGAAAUGUUUGGUGCAGGAAAACCUUAAUCUUAAGCCAUACAGCCUACAGAAGAACCUAUUUAAUUGUAUUCAUAUGUUGAAAUAUCAUAAACACGUCAUGUUUGCCUUUUGUGUUGCUCGACAAGAACAACAAAAACAAUGAAAAUCUUUUAGAUUUCAAUCGACUGUAUCUUCAAAUGAAUGCUUAAUGCUCUUAAUUUCCACACUGGGUGUUUUUCACCAACGCUGAAUCGCUUUAAGUCAUUAUUUAGUUGUUUUUAUUGAAUGUGUUGGACUGAACUACAACAGCACCGUUUCCUCACCAGCAUUCACUUCAGCUUUACGUCUAUUAUUUUCAUCUGUUUGCUUUAUUAAUGUGCUUUAUUUCUGUAACUGAUUUAAAGGGAUUUCUGUAAUUGAAAGUCCUUUUGCUUUUUAUUAUCAAGUGCUUUAUCUGGAUUCAUGUGCAUUACAUCACUCCAUGUGCUUUUUACAGAAGUUUAUAACUUCACUGCUGGGUUUUGUUUUGCAUCUCAUGUUUAACCUCAUUUGUCAACCAAAUUUUAAACGGUGGAGUUCAGGCUCCAGUAGAAAGAGGCCGGAUUUACAACUAUAACCUCUAAUCAGUCCGGCUCGUACGCUUUAAACCCAAAUUCUGCUUCAGUUAGACGGUUCCACUGGGACAAGUAAAGUGAAGGCAUCAAUUAUCAGCUACGCAUGCGGACCAAACGCUUAACGUUAAAGGCAAACUUCAGUUUUUUGUGGUUUUUCUCUGGUCUCCAGGCAGCCAUUGGUUUCCAUUCAUUCUUCAGAGUAUUAAAAAAAACCUUAUAAAGACUUUAAACCUGCUUUAAGUCGGCUUUUAGGAUGUUUUCAACACUUUUUAAAAUCUUUGUUAAAACAAUAUUGACAUGCUCAUAUGUACAUUUAAACCUUUUUUGUUUUUCCUGUCCAUAGUAGCCAAAAAGAGAUUAUCAUUCUGUGUUAAAAGGCAUUCUUAAGUUUAGCCAAAGAUAAUACCAACAUUUAGCAUGUCCUCUGUUUGUCUUACAAAGUUGCAAUCUUUUAGUAUGAAAUGUACCCUUUGUGCUAUUAUCCCUCCACUGCAGCUCAGCUAGAUGAAACACAAAAGGGUAAUAUUCUUCCAAAAAGACUGUCAGUGUGGAAAACAACCACUUUAUUUGUUUAUGUUAGAUUGCUGUUUCAAGUUCAUAUUAUCUCCUGUGGAACACUGGAAUGCAUUUAUGUAUGAAACUGUAUUUUGUCUUCCAUCAAUUACAUUAACAUAGGUUUCAGAAAGGAUCUUUUAAGUGACUGAAAACUGUUACUAUGAACAUAUGGGCAGAGCAAUUUAAGAAGAAACACAAGUCACCAUAAAAUUCAAAAGUAAAUAAAAAAUGAAUGGAAAUAAAUGGUUGCAAGAAAAAUAUGAAAAACACAGAUACAAAAUCUACCAUGCUUUGAAAAAAAACACUAAUUUGUGUACCACAUGUUUUUUACUAGAUGUGCUGAAACAUAGAAAACACUGGUACGUUCCUUUAAGUACUGUGAACUCUGACCGGCUAGCAGUAGAAAGCUAACGGUUAGACUGUGGAUGAACAUUUGACUCUCCAAUCACAGUAUGACACACACACACACACACACACACACACACACACACACACACACACACACACACACACACACACACACACACACACGUACGUCAUCGACCUAAUGACCCCUGCAGUGUGAGUACUCCUCUACCCGGAGACUGUUUUCCUCCCUCGUUUACCUCAUCGCUCUCCACCGUUUUACACCACACGAGCACUUUAACGGAGCUGUACCUUUAUCUCAAAAACACCGAUGUUAAAGAGAGCAAUAAGUGGCUUUAAUGUAGUGUACACGCUGUGCAUGGUUAUCAGGUGACACAUCACAGGGAAAAGGAAUGUACUUCAUGAAGGGCCUUACAAACGGAUGUGUUUGGGGCUUCUAGUCCUGAGGCAGAGGAUUGCAUUUCCCUUUUAUUCUUUUUUUUUUUUUUUUUUAAUCUUUAUCUUCAUGUGUUUUAAUUUAUUUGUCGGUCAUUUUGCAGUUUGCUAAUUGAAAUACUGCAAUAAUUAAGAGGUUUAUUUUUAUUUUAUAUACACAUAAAUGGGAAUAUAUAUAUAAUAAAGAAUAAAAAACAUGUAUUAGAAAUUUACUAAAUAUGUACAAAUCAGAAAGGUAUCAAGUGUGCACUUUCUUGUUGAUUACUCUUCAGCUUUCAGCAUUCCAUUCCUGUAAUGACCAGUGAAACUAACAACCAGAAAUGAAACAACGUCAGAAUCUAUAAACCAAAAUUAAAGUUUUA